ACGAUUGAAAGUACAAACGAGACCGUGAUCGUCUCAGGUGAUGACUAUAAGCUCAGAGUUGGUGAGAGUUAAUUGACUCUUGACCUACGCAGCGGACUUUAAGCCUCUUGGAUCCUGAAUUCGGUUUCAGAUCUGGCAUUUCCAUGGCGAAGAAGACAUCUUCUUCCUCGCAUAGCGGUAGAGGGGGAUGGAGAUACCUCCACCCCAUGUAUUACCUCAAAAGGCCCAAACGCCUUGCAUUCGUUAUCUUCGCCUUCGUCGCCGUCACCUGCAUCUUCUGGGACCGCCAAACUCUCUCCAGAGACCACGAGGCAAAAGUUUCGAGAUUAAAGGAAGAACUGACCAGCUUACAAAAUGAGCUAGAAGAAUUGAAGGGUAAUCUAAAGGGUUCUGGUGUAGACUUUAAGAAUAAAAAGGGUUCCAAAGAGAAGAUUGUUCAGGAUGAUCCUGUCAGCAUUGAACGAAGGGAGCAAGUGAAAGAUGCUAUGCUUCAUGCGUGGACUUCCUAUGAGAAGUAUGCUUGGGGGAAGGAUGAACUUCAGCCACAAACGAAGGAUGGUGUUGAUAACUUUGGUGGCCUUGGAGCAACUCUAAUAGAUUCUCUUGAUACCUUAUUUAUAAUGGGCCUUCAGGAGCAGUUCCAAAGAGCUAGAGAGUGGGUUGCAAAUUCAUUGGAUUUCGACAAGGAUUAUGAGGCUAGUGUUUUUGAGACAACCAUAAGAGUUUUAGGUGGCCUUCUUAGUGCAUAUGAUCUCUCUGGAGACAAUGUUUUCCUUGAAAAGGCUAGAGACAUUGCAGAUAGGUUGCUGCCUGCAUGGAAUACACCAUCUGGGAUUCCGUAUAACAAGAUUAACCUGAGAACUGGGAAUGCACAUAGCAGUGGGUGGACAGGAGGAAACAGUAUUCUGGCAGAUUCUGGAACAGAGCAGCUUGAAUUUAUUGGUCUAUCUCAAAGGACAAAAGAUCCAAAGUACCAGCAGAAGGUGGAGAAUGUCAUCAAAGAACUGCAUAAAACCUUUCCUGAUGAUGGGUUGCUCCCUAUAUACAUUAAUCCUCACACUGGAAAACCAUCAUACUCAACAAUAACAUUUGGAGCCAUGGGUGAUAGCUUUUAUGAGUACCUACUCAAGGCAUGGAUACAAGGGAACAAAACAGAAGCUGUAAAGCUUUACAGGGAAAUGUGGGAGACAUCAAUGAAAGGUUUGCAGAGCUUGAUUCGAAGAACAAAACCAUCCUCUUUUGCUUACAUAUGUGAGAAGGAAGGAGAUUCACUGACUGAUAAGAUGGAUGAAUUAGCAUGCUUUGCUCCUGGAAUGUUGGCUUUAGGAUCCUCUGGUUACGGGCCCACAGAAGCUGAAAAGUUUCUAUCUCUUGCAGAAGAGCUUGCAUGGACUUGCUAUAAUUUUUAUCAGUCAACACCUACGAAGUUAGCUGGAGAGAACUAUUUCUUUUAUUCGGGACAGGAUAUGAGUGUCGGUACUUCUUGGAAUAUUUUGAGGCCAGAGACAGUUGAGUCACUCUUUUACCUAUGGCGUCUCACCGGCAACAAGACAUACCAGGAAUGGGGUUGGAAUAUCUUCCAAGCAUUUGAGAGGAACUCCCGCAUAGAGACAGGAUAUGUUGGACUUAAAGAUGUUAAUUCAGGUGCCAAAGACAAUAUGAUGCAAAGCUUCUUUCUUGCGGAGACACUCAAGUAUCUGUACCUCCUUUUUUCACCUCCGUCUGUUAUCUCUCUGGAUGAAUGGGUGUUUAAUACAGAAGCUCAUCCUUUAAAAAUUGUCACUCGAGGUCCUGAUGAAGAGAUGCCUCAGGUUGAUAAACGGAAAUCAGCGAUUCGGGUCCGUGGUAGGAAAGUGGGUCGUGAUUAUUAGCCCACCGUGCCUGAGAACCAUUCUUCAAAGGUAUUAGUCAACACCUCUUUUCUCCUAUACCCAAGGUAUUCAUGUCUGACCCGUAACUUUUAUUAUUUAGUCCCGCUCCUCAACUCAUUGGUCUUGUGAGAAAGGAAGAAUGUCAAAUGGAUAGUUGUUGUGAAGUUUGUUUUCAAUGUCAUUGCUAUCUAGCAAUGUACUGUUGAUUAGUGAUUGCAGUUACUGAAUCUUGAGUAAUUGAGCUAAUAUGCAAGAUGCAUACAGAACAGAGCUUUGCAGCAAUUGGACCACAACCCGAAAAGGAAAUAGCCGGAUUUCUGAUUGUAAAACCAAUAUAUAGUUUUAUACUCAAGUUAGAGAUUAGAGAACUGAAUAAUGUGAUACUUGUGUGACCGGAUUUUUGAGGUUAAAAUUUUGUGUUUCUGUUAGCAGGUACUUUCGGUAAUUGGUUGAAUUUAG